CCCGGGGGAUGGCAGCCGUUCAGCCAGCACAAACCUGGGGAGCAGCUGGUGGGGGGGAGCAUCCCUGCUUCAGGGAGGUGGCUCGCGUUCCCUGCGCUGCCCGCCGGGAAGGAGGCCUGAGGAAGGCACCCCUGCUCAGCUGCCCUGGCACUUCUGGCUGCCGGUGCUUUGGGCGUCUGGGCCGGCUUGGAUGUGGGGGCCUCAGACACAGUCCCUCAUCCACCUUCAGGAUCAGUGUGUGGACCCUACGUAGACGUCCCGUGGAACCGAUCGCCGCUGCCAGCUGUGGGGCAGGUGGCAGCGUCCCAGCCAGGGACUGACAGCAGCCUUUCCAGAACCAGGUUUGUUUUUCUCACUUGUUUGCAAAGGUGGCCAAGAGGUGCCAGGAAGACCUGAGUCGAUGCCAGGCCGGCCACUUCGCAGCUUGGUGAAUUUGGGCAGCUAAUAAGAGAUUUCUGAGGGUCCUCAUCUGCAAAGUAGAGAUUAUGGGAGUAGCCACGUGCCCUUGUGCGGGCAGCUACAGGAGCUACUGGAGCCGAGGGUCGAGCUGAGUGGCCAGCGCUCAUGUGGCAGGGACCCUGAGAGGGGUAUCUUUUCAUCAUGAAAAUUGGAAAUCGGGACAUUGCGUCCCUGUGUAAUUGACAGUGUUACUGCCACAUAAAAUAGGUGCAUCUUAUAAUUAAUGGCAUCCUAGGUUUGGUGAAAUAUGGAAUCAUUACCAGUUGAGCUGAUCUGGGGAAAACUGCAAUAUCUCUGGGUAAAAAUGUCCCCAUCUGCCACAUAGACACAAUGUCCCUCCUUCAGCCAACCACCUGUGAGGCCAAAAUGAGACCUCAUCUGUAGACAGUUUGACAGUCGCCCAUCCCUCCCCGCCCUCCCUCUUGGAUGGCACCAACUGGGGGACAAAGGUGGGCUUUGGGCAAACAGGGCCAUCCAGAGCUGGGAGGCUCUUUGUUUAUCUGUGGAGGGGGAGGCCUCAGCACUGAGGGCCAAGCAAAUAUUUGAGGUUAUGGAUUAACUCACGCCCGGUUCAGGCUGUCAUGGCAGUGGGACGGCGACCCUGCAGUUUCUCCCUGGCCCACCCCAGUAAGUCCCCUUCAUGGCAGGUCUGUGACGGGGGAUGGAGGAGGGAUGAGCAGAUGUGAAGGUCGAAUCCUCCAGCCAGGGUUCCAGAGGCUGGCUAGAGCUUGGGCUAAUGGGAUAUCAGGGCUCUGCCACGGGCCAGGCCAGGACGUCGGCUGGCAUUCCUCAGGCCUGGGUGCCACAGUCCCCAGGGGCCUUUUUCCCAGACUUGGAGGCAAGUGGAAGUGGUCUGAGGGCCGCCAGGGCCAAGGGACAUCGUCAGGGGCAGCUUGGAGCCCAGGACUCCCCAUUCUCCCCACCUCACCCCCACCUCUAAACCUAGGGUGUCUGAUUUAAACAAAUGUCAGAAACUCCGGGGGAGUCAGUGAAGACAGAAAGUGAUGUCAGAUGGAGCGGGGGAGGUUGCAGGUGGGGCAGGCAGGCCUAGCCCUCGGGCUUGGAGGCAGUGGAGGGCUCCCUCCUCCGUUUACAGCCAGCAGGGUUACUUCUGGGGCUUUGUGGGGCACCCGGUAGUUUGGGGCAGGGGUUAAGAUUCCAAGCCUGGAGUCACAUAGGCCUGGGCUCGGGUCCUAGCUCUGUCACGUCCUGGUUGUGUGUUUUCAAUAAGCUAUUUCCCUCCUCCAAGCUUCAAUGUGACCACCCUCUAUAAAAUGGGGUGAUGACAUUAAUACCUCCCUCGUGGGCGUUAUGAGUUUUAACUGAGAUAAUAAAAGCUAAUAUUUCCUGAGCAUUUGCUGUAUACAAACCCCGUCUUAAGAGCAUUAUGUGGGUUAACUCAUUUAAUUCUCACAAUAACCCUAUAAGGCAGAAACACAGUUUUUCUAACCAGGAAACUGAGGCAUGGAACAGUUAGGUAUCUUGCCCAGUGUUGCUGUCCCAGAGCUGGGAUUUGCACCAAGUGGUCUGACUUUGGUGUCUUGCCUUCUGAACCAUGUAUAAAUUGCUUGAAAAACGCCAUGAAUGUCAGAUAAAUGUUAGGUAUGCCUCUCAGCCUGGCCAUUAGAUCAGCAAAGGCACCACCCCCUGACCCUCAAAGAACAGGGCAAGAGAGGACACCUGCCAUGGCCCUUUUGUGCUGAGUCCCCUUUGAUCUUCCCCAGGACUCCGUGCCCUUUCCACUUUUUCUCUUCAGCCCUCCGAUGCUGGGCAGCUGCUGUGAUCCUAGCCCCACACAGGCAAGGACACUGAGGCACCAGCGGCUGUCCGUCUAGUGAACAGGGACCACCAGCCCCAGCCCCAGCCCUUGCAGUCAGCUCCCAUCUGGCACCGGGGCGGCAGGCAGAGCAGGGGCCAGUGGGGCUGUUGGAAGCUCAGAAGUCCUCCUCAGACAGGUGGCAGCAACUCCAGAAUGUGGCAGCUCGCAAGCCUCUUACUGUUGGUGACCAUCUGGGGAACUUCCGGCACACCAGUUCCUCCUGACUCAGUGUUCUCCAGCAGCAAGAGGGCCCACCAGGUUCUGCGGAUCCACAAGCGUGCCAACUCCUUCCUAGAGGAGAUCCGGGCAGGCAGCCUGGAGCGGGAGUGCAUAGAGGAGAUCUGUGACUUCGAGGAGGCCCAGGAGAUUUUCCAAAAUGUGGAUGACACACUGACCUACUGGUCCAAGUACGUCGACGGGGACCAGUGCGCGGCCCUACCCCCGGAGCACCCGUGCGACAGCCCGUGCUGCGGGCACGGCACGUGCAUCGACGGCAUCAGCGCCUUCCGCUGCUACUGCGGCCGGGGCUGGGAGGGUCGCUUCUGCCGGCACGGUGAGAGGGCCGGCCGCGGAGGGGGGCAGGGGGCGGGCCGGGGGCCCGGGGGCGGGGCGGGCCGGGGGCCGGGACGCGCCGCGCCACCGUGCGCUCCCCGCGCCUCGUCCCCGGUCCGCCCAGAGGUGAGCUACUUCAACUGCUCGGUGGACAACGGCGGCUGCGCGCACCACUGCCUGGAGGGGGAGGGCCGGCGCCGCUGCAGCUGCGCGCCGGGCUACAGGCUGGGGGACGACCACCUGCAGUGCGAGCCCACAGUGAAGUUCCCUUGCGGGAAGCCAGGGAAGCGACUGGAGAAGAAGCGCAAGCACUUGAAACGUGACACAAACCAAACUGACCAAGUAGAUCCAAGGCUCGUCAAUGGGAAGGAGACCAAAUGGGGAGAGAGCCCCUGGCAGGUGAUCCUGCUGGACUCAAAGAAGAAGCUGGCCUGCGGGGCAGUGCUCAUCCACACCUCCUGGGUGCUGACAGCGGCCCACUGCAUGGAGGACUCAAAGAAGCUCACCGUCAGGCUUGGGGAGUAUGACCUGCGGCGCUGGGAGAAGUGGGAGAUGGAUGUGGACAUCAAGGAGAUCCUCGUGCACCCCAACUACAGCAAAAGCACCACGGACAAUGACAUCGCGCUGCUCCGCCUGGCCCAGCCCGCUAUCCUCUCACAGACCAUUGUGCCCAUCUGCCUCCCAGACAGUGGCCUUGCAGAGCGUGAACUCACCCAGGUGGGCCAGGAGACCGUGGUGACCGGCUGGGGCUAUCGCAGUGAGACCAAAAGAAACCGUACCUUCGUCCUCAACUUCAUCAAUAUCCCUGUCGCCCCGCACAACGAGUGCAUCCAGGCCAUGCACAACAUGAUCUCUGAGAACAUGCUGUGCGCGGGCAUCCUUGGGGACUCACGGGAUGCCUGUGAGGGUGACAGUGGGGGGCCUAUGGUUGUAUCCUUCCGUGGCACCUGGUUCCUGGUGGGCCUGGUGAGCUGGGGUGAGGGCUGCGGGCGCCUCCACAAUUACGGCAUAUACACUAAAGUCAGCCGCUACCUUGACUGGAUCCAUGGCCACAUUAGAGCUGAGGAGGCCUCCCCCGAGAACUAGGUACCUUAGCAUCCCUCAGGCUUGUGUCCGAACCCCAGAGGCCACUCGUGGAAUGGGGGCUGGAUUGCUGAAUGGCAAUAUUUGAGACAUUAAAGGGGACAUGUAACAUGCAC